CUGCGGCUGGAUAGACACGCGCAUGCGCACUGCUCACGCUCCCGCCAUGGCGGAAGAGUCGGGAGUGUUCGUGCGGGAGUUGGAGCGGCGGGACGGUUCGGUGCUGGAGAUCCGGCAGCUGAGCUCCGGGGAUGUGGGCUGUGUGGUGUGGGACGCCGCCAUCGUCCUGUCCAAGUUCUUGGAGCGGCGGGAGAGCGCGGAGCCCGGGCUGUUCCCGGGGAAAUACGUGCUGGAACUGGGCUCGGGCACCGGCAUUGUGGGCAUCAUGGCGGCCACCCUGGGAGCCAACGUCACUGUGACCGAUCUUGAAGAUUUGCAAGAUUUGAUGAAAAAGAACAUCGAAAGCAACUCGGCCCUGAUCACUGGAUUUUGCCAAGCGAAGGUAUUAAAAUGGGGUGAGGACAUUGUGGAUAUCUCCCCGUAUCCUGACUAUAUCCUGAUGGCCGACUGCAUCUACUAUGAAGAGUCCCUAAAGCCAUUACUGAAGACCCUGAGGGACCUGGCAAGUAGCGAGACUUGUAUUUUAUGCUGUUAUGAAGAGCGGACCACCGGGAAGAAUCCCGAAAUAGAACGGAAGUUUUUUGAGCUGCUGAAAAUUGAUUUUGACUAUGAGGAAGUGCCCAUUGAUACACACGAUGAGGAGUACCGGAGCGAGGACAUUCAUAUUCUACAAAUCUACAGGAAAAAAUAACUCUUUAAAAAUGUAAAAAGAAAAAUUGGACCGAAAAGUCAUCAUCGCUUCAUCAGCGUUACUGGAGCCGUAUGCUGUGAUAAGACACUGGUAAAUGUGUGCCGGAUGGCGGAGGGGACAUUGGUAGAGGAUGAGAUUAUGGUUUAGGUGUAUUUUGCAGCCACCUGUAGGUUCUUCCUACCCCUGCACAUCACUGAGGAAGAGACUGUGCCCCUGGGGGGAGGGUUAAAGGAGACAGUCUACACUAGUGAUCUCCAGCCAGAAUUCCCCAGGACACAGCUAUAACACCUUGCACAUUUACAAUAAGGGUACAUUCAGACGAGCGGAUUUACAGUGUAUUUUACGCUGCUGAAGGACCUCUGUAUGGUGUCCUUACAUGUGCCUGCUCGGAGCGGCAAUACGCCACUGCGUGCAGACACACUGAAGCGAUGUGCGAGUCGCUGCACAUGCAUGGUGUACUCGCACAUAUCGCGGCUGCUCCCCCUGCUCAAUGAGCUAGGCCGAGAGCUUCAGCAAUGUGAGAGUAUACUGCGCACACCGAAUCGCACGUCACAGUGUGUCUGCUCGUAGCGGCGUAUUGCUGCUCCAAGCAGGCACAUGUAAAGGCAGCAUAUAAAGAUCCUGCAGCGUAGGAUCCGCAGCGAAAUAUGCGCGGAAAAUCCGCUCGUCUGUACGUACCCUAAAAAGGCAAAAUGGUGCUGAACCAGAACUGUAGAAGCUUUAUCCAUCGGGACAACAAACUUAUUGGAGGCAGGAAUGGAAUUGGGGAUCACACGUCUGCAGUAUGACCGAUCUUCUGCUUUACACACUACUGAAUAACAUUGGGCCUAAAAAGUCGCCUUUCAUCUUACAAGUGCUUCUUCUAGUGAUCUGAAGUCAGGGUCACAUGGUGGAUUUAUACGCAGUCUUGCUUUGCCGCAGUAUGUCAGCUCCUGAUCCUUAGGAUCUGUUGAUAUACAGAGAAAGCUGUAGGGAUCUGUGUAUUCUCUGUGAUCUGUGCCCCAUGUGUAAUGAAUGGUAUGAAGGCAAUAGAAACAUAUAUAUAUAUAUAUAUAUAUUAUAUAUAUAUUUUUUUUUAUUAUAACUCCUUAUAUAGCGCACACAGUCCGCAGCGCCGUACACUCAAACUGGUCCCUGUCCCCAUUGGGGCUCCCAUUCUAAACCAG